AUGGCGUGCAGCAAGAUGGCACACGACAAGGCAGCAAAGAAGUAUGUUGUCACGUCUAUCCGCCACCCAGCCGAAGUCGACGAGCUGCGCCGAGGUUGCGAAGGCGCAUUCUGUCUCGUGUUCCUGGACGCUCCCGCCCGCGUGCGGUUUGAAAGGGUCAAAGCCAGGGCUCGCGAAGGCGACAUGGGCGGGUUUGAGGAGUUCGUGGCGGCGGAGAACGCCCAGCUCUCUUCCGCCAAUCCAGCUAGCCAGCAACUCCUCGGUUGUAAAGAGAUCGCCGACGUCGUGCUGGUAAACGACGCAGCCACGGAGGCCGAGUUUGAACACCGCUGCGUGGAGGCGGGCGAGGGCCACAGGUGCACCGACCCCCCACAGCGCCCUCGCAAGCGGGGCCGCCCCUCGUCCACCCCGCCUCCCCCCUCCUACUCCUACUCCAUCCCCUUCGCUGCCUCUGCAACCACGACUGCUGCGGCGAUGCCCGUCGGCGGCGUUCUCCUGCCCAGCCCACUCGGGCCUCUACGCCCCGCCAAGAUGGCGCGUCAGCUCCCUGCAGAGUCUCCCCUCUCCCCUGCCGGCAGCGUGAGUGGGGCGCAGCAACCACCGCUCUUGCCACACCCGCGGCCGCCACAGCAGGAGGAGGCCGGCGGCAUGGGCAGCCGCGGCCAGAUCUCUGAGGAGAGCGCGAUGCUGCGCGACGUCCUGCGAGAGCUGCGCGAGCUGCGUGGCAUGUGCGCCGGCCUCGGGCGCCAGAUGAGCGACAUGCAAGAGCGACAGACGGCGAUGGAGCGCCAGAUGGAGCGCCUUGCCUCCUCCUCCUCCUCCUCCUCCAUCACCAGCAGUCCUCCCGACUCUUCCCCUUCCUCCUCGGCCCAGUCAUCGCCUCCGUCUUCGUCAUCGUCGUCGUCGUCUGCGCCCUUCGCCGCUUCGUUGUCGGUCUCGUCGCGUGCGCUCGCGUCCUACGGCAGCUCCUGCCGCGGGCCGGCUGGCACGACCGCGGGCAGCUUCCUCGCCGAGCCGGAGAGCUCGUGGGCGCCGCCGGUGCGGCCGGGCCACCUCAACUUCCCCAAGUACGUGCUCAGCUCGCAGUUCAAGUCGACCCUCGCCGGCUUCAUGUCGAUGAUGAAUCACACCUGCCAAGCCCCCGACACGCCCAGCUCGCCGCGCAUGCAGGCGCCCACCACAUCGCUCCUGCCGGCCAGCGUGAGUCAGCAGCCGUCGGUCGACCUCACGCAAACCACGCUCGUGGCCAUCCUGCCGUCGGGCAACCUGCUGGGCAGCUUCGACAAGCCGUGGAUGAUCGAGCGCAUGGCGUCGGCGGCAGAGGCCUACCUGCCCAAGCACGACUUCCCCCUGCCCGGCUACGACAAGUUCUUCAAGAACCAGCGCAAGCCCCUCCUCGUCGCCGCCGACGACCAGUUCCGCAAGCUCCUCCACUACUCCUGGGAGGAGCUGCGUGAGAUCAAUACGUUCCGACUGUACCCGACGUACCUGCACGACACGCUGGGGCAGUGGUUCCAAGAGUGGGACAGGCUGGGUCCGGAGCGGGUGAGCCCUGUGUAUGUGGUGACCUGCCCCAUGAUCGAUCGCAACGGCAGGGUUCUGCACACCCUCAGCCGAUCGCAGGCCUUCUACGACGACCGCGGCGAGUACUCCUGGAGCGUUUCGGUCAUCGACAACUGGCAGUACAGCGAUGACCCCGCGGCACAAUCGCCAGCCUCCGCCGAAGAUGAAGCAGACGCGACAGCCCACCAACCUCAGCGCCAAACCCACCAAGCACAGCAGCCACAACAUCCAUCUGUCACGCAUCCGGCUGCCCUGCCGUCGCAGCUCAGCCUGGAUGUCAGCCAACUGCAGUUCGAUGAGUACCAGACGCCGCCCGUACUCGACGAGCUCCUGGACGGCAUCUACUCCCAGUUCCUCCACGACGACAUCUCCUGA